CCUCUUCUUUCUUUCAAGCUCAAAAACACCGUCAUCAUGUCGAUCGUCCUCUACGUCCAGGAAAACACCCGCGGCUUCACUGAGAAGAUCCGUAUGCUGCUCCAGGAGACUGGCAUGAAAUACGAGGAGGUGGCCAUUGACAUGGAAACUGCCAAGUCAUGGGCCAAGUCGGGCAAGAUCAACUUCCCUAACCUGCCUGUGCUUGAGAUGGACGGUGUCAAGAUUGAGCACGCUGAUGCCAUCUUGGAGCACCUUGCCGAUGUUGCCGACCAGAAGAAGCUCGGACAGGGCGGCAACAAGUACUGCGGUGAACCCCAGGAGCGCCCCGUCAUUCGUGGCCUCGCUUGCAUGGUGCGACCUGACCUUGAUCCCUUUGACCUUCGGUUCAUUUUGGUCCUGUCCUCACUUUCUGCAGCCACACGCCGCUCACACCGCAUUCCUGCACGCGAUGCUUAUGAUCCGCCCACACAGGUCAAGGACUUCCAGAACGAAGUGCAGACCUACAAGGGCAAGACCAGCGCCCCGCCCACGGCCCCCGAAUCCAUCGAGCGGUGGUUCGAGUACUUCCAGUCCAUUCUGGAGCGCAACGACGACGGCGAUGUCAAGACCGAUGAGUUCCUUUACGGCAAGCACUUGACCUUUGCCGACAUUGCUCUGUUCGAGGCCGUCAACGCCGUCAUCAACGUGCAUGGCCUCAAGGCUAUCCGUGCCUUCCCCAAGCUGAAGGAGUUCCACGACAAGGUGGCCUACCGCGCUCGCAUUGAGCGCCACAUUGCCACUCGUCCGGAGGCCUUUUAAGCACUUUUUUAUUUUGCCUCCGCAACCUUGCCGCCCUCCUGACUGUUUCUUGUAUCCAAAUGAUCACGCUCACUUGAGACUGGCUUGCAAGCGCGCGGCCUUUGCUUUUGAUUUUCUUUCUACCUCCCUUAUUGCCUUUUUUCGUUCCUUAUUCCUCUUUCCAUGCUGUUCUCCCCUUGCUCCUGUGUAAACGGCUACUACGGCUUACCGCCACAAUUGCAUGACUCGAUGCC